AUGUCCGACAUCAAGGGACCUACCCCGCAACAGCACGACGGCAGCGCCCUGCGCAUUGGUAUCGUCCACGCCCGCUGGAACUCGUCCAUCAUCGAGCCCCUCGUCAAGGGCGCCAAGGAGAAGCUCCUCGCCUGUGGCGUAAAGGAUUCCAACAUUGUCGUCCAGUCCGUCCCGGGAGCUUGGGAGCUCCCCAUCUCCGUCCAGAGACUCUACCAAGCCUCCCAAGUCCAAUCCGCACAAUCCGGCACCGGCACCUCGGCCGGCGACCUCCUCGGCGCCUCGACCACGGACCUGACCUCCCUUCCCACCGAAACCGCGCUGCCCUUUGACGCCAUCAUUGCCGUCGGCGUCCUCAUCAAGGGCGAGACGAUGCACUUUGAGUACAUUGCCGACGCCGUCUCCCAGGGCCUCAUGCGCGUGGGCCUCGACACGGGCAUCCCCGUCAUCUUUGGUGUCCUCACCGUCCUCAGCGACGAGCAGGCUCAGGCCCGGGCCGGACUUACCUCUGGCGGCCACAACCACGGCGAGGAUUGGGGUCUGGCUGCCGUCGAGCUCGGCGCCAAGCGCAGGGCCUGGGCCACGGGCAAGAUGGAGUAA